AUGAUGGUUUCGAAUUUACAACUGCAAGAGAAAUAUAACAAAAUCAGAAAAAACUUCUGCUUCUAUUUGGAUAUUCAAGAUCCCGGGUUAUCUAGAUCUAUUUCACGUAGGCUGCAAGACAUGGGUUUGUAUAUAGUUACUUAUUUUUGUGAUAAGAGGCGCGCGGGGGCCUCGCGGACAGCUUUUGUCGUGAAGAGAUAUUUC